AUGAAAUUAGUUUUAUCUGUAUUUUUAGCUCCACCAAAGACACAAAAACAUGAGCAUCACCAUGCUCACGAACAUGACCAUCAUCACGAUACUCAUCACGGUCAUGGUCACGAUGACCAUGGUGGAGGUCAUGGCCAUGAACAUUCCUAUCACCAUUCAUUUCAUCAUUCGCAUCAUGACGAUCAUGGAUCACAUCAUCAUACCAGUCAUCAUGGUGGUCAUGACCGAAGUUCAACUGGUGGGCAUCAUCACAAGCCACCUGCACCAAAGCCUCCACCACCGAAGCCACAUCACCAUCAUCCUGCACCACCUCCAGCACAUAAACCAAAAGGUCAUCCUCAUCAUGGGCAUGGGGGAGGAGGAGAUGGACAUCAUCAUCAUGCACCGCCAGUACACAAACCAAAGAAACCACCAGCGAAACAUCCACCACCACCUCAUCAUCAUCCACAUCAUCCUCAUCAUGCCCAUCAUCCAAAGCCUAAACCACAUCCAAAACAUCCAAAGCCAAUACCAAAACCACCGGUACAUAAGCAUCAUCCUAUUAAACCUGUACAUGAGCAUCAUCCGCAUGAAGCUCCACCUCCUAAGUAUCCUAAAAAAGGUGGACAUGAACACGUUGUACAUAAUCAAAAAUAUACUGAGCAUUAUACUGAGUAUAACAAUGAUGAUUACGAACAUAGUCCACAAUACUAUAAACAAAUUGAGGAAGAAGCUCCAUAUUAUGAAGCGGUUGAAGAACUGGAAGAUCAUGAUGAUACCGAACAUGAUGUUGGUACACAUGCUGGUUAUAUCAAUCCAGAUUAUAGCGUGAACAAUCAUCAUGAAGAAGAGCCAACAGUUACUUACCCGGAAGAAACCCAACAAAAAACUUAUCAAAAUAACUACUACCAAAACAAUUAUGAAAAUACAAUAUUACCAGAAAAUGAAUCUGCCCUUUUACAAAAUCCAUACAUCCAUGCGUUCAUCCAUGGUAACACAGAUAUGAGUAACCAACAACCAAUCAGUCACCAACAAUACAACCAACAACCGAAUAAUGUGUACUUACACCAAGCGCCCUCAACUGAUGAAACUUAUCUACAAAAUGAUGUCACUUACGAUUCAUACGGGAACGUUAUCUCCGAUCAGAAUAAGAAAAAUUUCUAUAAUAAUUUUCCACCUCUGAAUAAUAUACCAUUCAAACCCACUCCCACAUUUUCAAUACCCAAUCCUUCACCACCGGUGACUAAUGAAGAAUUAUAUCGAUCAGAAAAUAAUCGAUACACUAAUGCGGAUAAACAAAUCGAGCAAGAUUUUCAUAUUGACGCUGAAUCCUUCAAUCAUUCAAUUAUUUAUGACACACCUCCGCCUAGAACAACUAGUAAACCAAAAAGACAUCGAAAUCCAUCGAGUACACGCCAUGGAAGUCGUUACAAACAUAAUAAAUGA